AUCAGCGCCGGGAGGGAGUCCCGCCGGACCGACUCCCCCCUGUGAGGGGGGGAGCCCUGGGGGGCUCUCCGGGGAGGGAGGGCGGGGGAGCCGAAACCUCCUUCCUGUCGAGGGAAGGAAUUGUGGUUGAAAUAAAUGGUGGAGCGCGGGUGGCGGGGCUGCCUUCGCCCGGCACUCGCCGCAUGUGGUGGCGGCGGUGCCGUCGCCGAGCAACGGCAAUGGCGGGCGAGGAGCGGCGGUGACGGGGCUGUGGGGCCGGGCGUCCCGCCGAGCCCUGCGGAGGAGCGACCCUGCCCCAGCCUCGGGCACGGGGAGCGCUCGGAGGUUUGACCCCGCCGGCGGCUGCCUGCGGGCUCCGCGCAGCAUGAGCUGGUGCGGCAGCGGCGAAGGGUGCAGCUGGGCUCCCUUCCCCGAAAGUCCCAGUACUUCCAGGCAGCAGAACCAGCCUCAAGGGCACUAUGGACUUACCUCUCCAAUUAGCUUGGCUCCUCCUAGUGACAUAGACCACACUCACACUCAGAAGCUGAUUGAAGCCAUGAAGCCAUUCGGGGUGUUUGAAGAUAAGGAAGAACUGUACCAGAGGACGACUGUCCUUGGUAAACUGAAUAACUUGGUCAGAGAAUGGAUUUCAGAACUUGCUGAGAGCAAGAAUCUUCCCCCUUCAAUAAUAGAACAUCUUGGUGGCAAGAUAUUUACAUUUGGUUCCUAUAGGCUUGGAGUGCACACUAAAGGUUCUGACAUAGAUGCCCUUUGUGUUGCUCCCAGUCAUGUGGAGAGAUCGGAUUUUUUUCAGUCAUUCUUUGAAAAACUGAAAAAUCGAGAGGAAGUAAAAAACCUAAGAGCCAUUGAGGAUGCCUAUGUGCCAGUUAUCAAAUUUGACUUUGAUGGCAUUGAGAUUGAUCUUGUGUUUGCAAAACUGUCCAUGCCAACCGUGUCUGAUGAUCUCGAUCUCAGAGACGACUCGUGCCUGAGGAGCCUGGAUAUAAGAUGCAUAAGGAGCUUAAAUGGCAGCAGGGUUACUGAUGAAAUACUACGUUUGGUGCCAAAUCUAGAGAACUUCCGCCUCACACUCCGGGCAAUUAAACUGUGGGCAAAACGACGUGGUGUUUACUCCAACAUGAUGGGGUUUCUUGGUGGAGUUUCCUGGGCGAUGCUGGUAGCGAGGAUAUGCCAGCUCUACCCGAACGCUUUGGCCUCUACUCUCAUCAACAAGUUCUUCUUGAUUUUUUCAAAGUGGGAUUGGCCAAAGCCGGUAUUGCUGAAGCGACUUGAAGAGAGCUUUCUUAAUUUGCCAGUAUGGGACCCUAGGGUGAACCCGUCAGACCGGUACCACGUGAUGCCCAUCAUCACACCAGCCUAUCCACAGCAGAACUCCACGUACAAUGUGUCUGUAUCAACACGAGCAGUGAUGGUGGAGGAGUUCCAACGUGGUCUUGAAGUUACAGAUGAGAUUCUCAAAGGAAAAUCGGACUGGUCGAAGCUCUUUGAACCACUGAACUUCUUUCAGAAGUACAAACAUUAUAUUGUUCUCACUGCUAGUGCCUUUACAGAGGAGCAUCACUUAAACUGGAUUGGCCUUGUUGAGUCUAAAAUUCGUGUGCUGGUUGGAAACUUGGAAAGGAAUGAGUUUAUAACUAUUGCACAUGUACAACCACAGUCUUUCCCUGGCAAUGAAAAUCUCUAUAAACAGAGUGGGUAUGUGUCAAUGUGGUUUCUUGGACUUGUGUUUAAGAAAGUGGAAAGUGCAGAAAAGACUAAUGUUGAUUUAACCCAUGGGAUACAGUCGUUCACAGACACAGUCUACAGGCAGGCCAGUGCCCUCAACAUCCUAAAGGAAGGCAUGAAGAUUGAGGCAACUUAUGUGAAGAGAAAGCAACUGCAUUAUUUUUUGCCAGCAGAAACCUUACAGAAAAGAAAGAAGCAAAGAGUGUCAGAUAUUAGUCAAGGCAAUAGUGGACUUCAGUGCAAAAGGUCAUCUUUAGGGGAAAGCUGUUCAGACAGUUCCAAAGGCAGAGACUCCAGAGCACCACCUAAUUCCUCUUCGUUAAAUAAGAUAUCCAAACUGGACACCUCUACAGCAGAGACAGAAAGAAAUGUUGCAUGUCAGAGUUGUAGUGGUGCCAACAGUGUAGCUGAGCCGUCAACGUCUAAGGGACUCUGCAUUCCCGUGACUGACCCAAAAAUGGAGGCUUCAGUUGCACUAAGAACACCGGGACCUCCAAUUGGUUGCACCAUUCCAGGAUAUAACACAGUUUCUCAGCUCAGGACGUGUUUUGUCCAAGGACACCAUAAAUUAAGUGGGACUCUAAUCACGGAUCCUAAGAGUGCUUCACCCAAACAGCAUUAUUCACCAACCUCUAGAGUAUCUCGUCUACCUACACCGGGAGAGUGCCCCCAAAAAGCCAUAGAUGGAGAAAAGCUGAACGUCUGGGAUUCAGAUUCCACAGGAAGCGGGUGUCCUCAAGAUGGGAGGAGGAGAGCUGCAAGAAAUGGUGUCCUUGAUGGAAAAUCCAUGCAGGUUCCAGUGAUCACAUCAAGAUCACAGAGGCUUUCCAGUAAAGAACUACCAGAUUCUUCAUCUCCUGUUCCAACAAAUAGCAUUCGUAUUGUUAAAAGAUCCAUCAAACUUACCCUUAAUGGGUAACUGGUGUAUCUCCCAGGUGAAGAGGAAUAAUUCCUUCUUGAUGGUCCAUGCUCUGAAUGUGUGUUGUAGUUACUAACAAAGUGUGAGAAGUUACUGUAACCAGUUCAAGUCAUGGUUUUAUGCUGGUGUUAGAUGCUUGUCUCCUUUUGAAUUGCUCUUUGCAUAUGCUUGUAACUAUUAGCUUUUUAAAAAGCCUUAACAGCCACCAGCUUUUGAAACAGCCAGAAAAACCCAACCUGUCCUGUGGCUUGGAUUCAGAAUGUCAGCAGGGUCAACUGGUUGCUGCAACCACGUUGUGUUUUCAAGUCUGUUUGAAGGUGCCUGUGUUCCCCUGUGCUUUCCUAAUUCAUGUGCAUAUAUUGUUCUUACCUUAAAUUAUUUUCCCAUUUGGCACCUGUGCUCCUGUGCCUCUGCCACGAUGGUGCUCAGCUUCCUGGGCUCUCAGCCUUCCUCUGGCUAGCACAGCCAUGCCCUGCACAGGUAUUGCCUCCCAUGGAGGCCCACAAAUAAUUUAAGUGUUGAAGGAAAUGCAGCAGAGGAUUCUGACCAAGGUGUGGAGAUGAUAGGCAUGUCUUGUGCUGUGUGUUAUCUGAUUCAUUUUUUUUUUUAUCUUAAGACUGCUCCAAGAUGAGACUUUGAGAGGCUUUUUCUUGUCACUGGGUAGUAAAGCCAAACCCUGAACACAGAGCUGAAGAUGCACUGAGACAUUGCAACAGCUGAGGCUGUUGUGACACUCGUGCCCACCUGCAGGGUGGAAAGCCAGUGGCAAUGCAGAAAGUGGUUUCAGAUAAACCCUGGAAGCUGGUCUAAAUGCUUACAUGAAAACCUCUAGUAGCCUUAAGUCUGGUUCUGUAAGCUGAUAACACUGCUUACCCAGUUAAGUGCAUUGGGGUUUUUGAGGUUUGAGGGGUGGGGAGAAACUCUGAUCCUAUGGAACAAAUAUUAUGCUCCUCGUCUCUUGUAAUGUCUUUCUAAUGUGGUGUUUUUGUAAAUGACCCUGUAAGUUGUUUGUCUAGAGUAUUUUUGUAUGUCCUGUAAAAUACUGUCUUGAAAGCAAAAUUUAAAAUCUUCAGUCUCCUUUUGUUUUGUUUUUUUGUUUUUUUCUUUUAGUGCAUGUGAUCUGCUUAAAAAGUCUAAACAACUAAACCAACUCUAAGGGACAGGAGGAAGGCAGUGCCAGAAAAAAAACGUCCUACAAAAUGAUAAUGGCAUAGAAUUGUUUAUGGUUGGAUUCUAUCUUAAAGGUCUUUUUCAACCUAAACCUAACACUGCUGAGUCCAGCACUGAACUGCCAUGCUGGGGGAAAUCUGAGGAGAAUAGGAACACACUGCUUUCCUGCUUCUGGGAUAUCCAUGUUUGGAUUUAAUGCCCUUGGAGUUGUGCAGUUUGCAAACUGUUGACAGCUGAAGUCCCAGUUUGCCCUGUGGACAACAGAUAGCUCAGAAUUCUUUUAAAAUGAGCUGCUUGGCUUAAAGAGCUGUAAACAUCUUAAGUACCCACCUAAAACCUUAGUGACAAGACUGAAGGACUAUAAAGAAAUGAGGUGGCAUGUAUUUCUGUCUUGAUUGUUUAGCAUUCCUCCUGCUGCAAGUAUUCCAAACUUGUGGAAAAAGCAUGACUGUAUUUAUCACAAUCUACUUGGUUUUUUUCCUUAUUACCUCUGGUUUCCAGCUUGCUCAAAGUGCAACUUAUCUCUUAGAGAUUGGCCUUAGUGGGUUUGAGAGGUCUUAUUCUUUCCUCUCCUCUCCAAAACUUAGACUACAAGGCUUAGAUUUAGUCACAGGUUAAAAUUAAGAAACAGAACCCGUGUUACUUCAGUAGCUUUUAGCAGAACUACACCUUGGGUUUGUGAAAUGGUCGCCUCAGUUCUGUGAUGUGUUUUAAAGCAGUGGUAUUCAAAUAUUGCCAGGUCUGUAGUAGCUACAGUAGGUUUACAACUUCAGCACCUGUGUAAACACAAACCUGUCGUGGAUUUGAAGGAAUUAAAGCUGAAGUAGUGAUAAGAUAAACAGCAAAACAAAUAUGGGAAGUGUUUUGUAGUAGUCUACGAUCCCGUAAUAUUCCCAUGCUUUAAAAUUCUUCCACUUGAGUAUUCCAAGGCUGUUAAAGGGCUGAUUUUUUUUUUCCCAUAAGCACAUGCACUUAUGCAGCUACUCUCAAACUAAACUAGCCUAACUAAUGGAUAUCAAAACAUAUGCCUUUACACAAAUCUUUAUAUUUUACUCUUCCUUUGUUAUCUUCUAAUUGCUCUUUUUUUUUUUUUAUUUCUCCCCCGCCCCCUCCCUCUUAGGGUUUUAAG